UCAGUCAAGUUCGGAGCACCGACAUGAGCGGACCCAACGCGUAAAAAUGCAGUUCCGCAAAUUUUGGAUAGCGUUUGCCAUUUUUCUAUACUUUUAUUUCGAACUUAGCCAUGGUGCUAAUAUUUUAGGAGUGUUUCCAUACCGACUUCCGUCGCAUUUCCAGGUAGUUCGACCUCUGGUGAAGGCACUAUCAAACCGAGGUCACAAUAUGACAAUAAUAACCCCGGUAGGAAUAUUUGCCGACAUUGAGGGAGUACGUCAUAUUCGCAUAUCUAACCUAAACAAAAUGUCAGAGAAUCUUCUAGAGUCGAAUGAAUUUUUGGAUUUUUUCUCAAGCAAAUGGUCAGAGGCGUAUUGGAUAGCGUCAAUGCUUUCCAAUGUUUCUGAUGGUAUUCUAAGUGACGAAGGUGUCCAGAGGAUGCUCCAUAAUAAAAACGAGCGAUUUGACAUGAUACUGCUUGAGGCGGGACACUUGGAUGCUCUCUACGGAUUUGCUGAUCACUUUAACGCCACUUUGAUGGGGCUCUCCUGUGUUAUUCCCACCUGGAAUGUGGACUUACUGGCCGGCAAUCCGGCACCCAGUGUCUAUGAACCGAUUAUGCCCAGAGAAUACAACUUUGACACUUCUCUAAUGAGCAGAUUCAGCAACUGGAUCUAUAUCACGGAAGAAAAGCUUCUAAGCUAUUUGGUUUUUAGACCCGUUCAGCAAAAGUUAUUCAACAAGUAUUUCAGGCAUUCCUCAAAAAAAUUGAGCGAACUGCGAGCCCAAUUUUCCGUUAUUCUAAUUAACAAUCACUUUAGUAUGGGACGAGUGCGGGCCAAUGUUCCCAAUAUUAUAGAAGUGGCUGGCAUUCAUCUCAGUGAGCCGCCGGAGCCUUGUGAUAAGGAUCUUCGCAGAUUCUUGGAUGAGGCAGAAAAUGGCGUCAUAUACUUCUCCCUGGGGAUGGAUGUGCUAAUUAAGUUCUUACCGAAAAGCAUACAGAAACUUUUGUUGGAGAGUUUUACGCGGCUGAAACAGAGAGUGGUAGUGAGGAGUGAUGUGUCUUCGAUCCCCAAUAAGUCUGGAAACAUAUACGUCAUAUCUCAAGCGCCGCAGAGGGAAAUUUUGGAACACCCUAAUGUUCGUCUAUUCAUCACCCACGGAGGAAUGCUCAGCGUAAUGGAAGCCAUCUAUAGUGGAGUUCCAAUGCUGGGAAUACCAUUUUUUUUCGACCAGUUUGGAAAUCUGCAUCGAGUUCAGCUAGCUGGAAUGGCGAUAGUCCUGGACAAUAAUGCUCUCAGUGUAGAUAUUCUUACCAGUUCCAUUCGAGAGUUGAUCGAAAAUCCAAAGUAUGCAUUAAGAGCUAAGGAGAUGUCGCUCAAUUUCAGAGACAGACCCAUGAGUCCGUUGGAUACAGCCGUUUGGUGGACUGAGUACGCCUUGAGAAAUCAGGACAUCAGUCAUAUAAGACUUAAUGAGGAUGAGUUUCCUUUCGUGCAAUACUAUGGAUUAGAAAGCCUUAUAUCCUGGGGUCUACGAUUUGGAUUCGUGAUAGGCUCUUUAUUUCUAUUGGGAUUUAGAAUUUAUCAGAAGGGUUUCAAUAGACAGAGGCAAGUUCUUAAAACGGAUCAAAAUAUAGUUAUUUAUGCUCGAAAUAAAAAGUCCGACUUACAACUUAGAAAGAGUUUACAGUCAAAUUAAUAAAACUGAAAAAUAACCCAGAAAAGAAGUUU